UACAUAUGUGAAAAAUGGAAAGAAAUCUAUUGGGAUGCGAAGAGACUCGGCGAAAGGUCGCGACUCCAUUUGUCCCGUCCCCGGACACACUAUAAAUACGAUACGGUUGAUGCGCCGUCUUGUCAUUUCACUUCUCGUUCUUCCAUCUCCUCCAAGCUUUCAUUUCUGAUAAUGGCUUCACAUUCUAAACUUCAAAAGCUCUCAAAUCCUGAUAGAAUCAGCGAUUUGCCUGACUCACUUCUCCUGCACAUUCUAUCUUUUCUCCCCCUUAAAUCCGCUGCACUCACUUCUUCUCUCUCGAAUAGAUGGAAGCAUCUUUGUCUCUCACUCCCAAAUCUUGAUUUCAACCAUGAGGAUUUUACUGCAAACCCUACCAAUUUCUUCAAAUGCGUUGAUCACCUGUUGACGGCGCGGAGAAAUAAUGCGGUUCUCGACAGAUUUAGUAUCGCUUGUAGCGAGGAUAUGGAUGCGGGUCGGGUUGAUUUUUGGUUAUGUAGGCUUGUUGGAUGCUACAAUGUCAAAGUCAUUAACUUAUCGCUUGAUUUUACGGACCCAUAUAGAUUACCAACACAAGUUUACCAAUGCGAAACCCUUGAAGCUUUGACCCUCAAUUCGAAUAUUCUGAUUGAUGUUCCUGAAAUUCUUACCCUGCCGAGGCUCGGUGUGCUUGAACUUUGUGGCGUUGUGUUUUCGAGCAGUGAGUCGGGGGAUAAGCUAUUGAGCAAUUGUCCGGUGCUUGAGAGGUUAGUGAUUCAAGAUUGCUCGUGUCUUAGUGGUAAUCGUGUGAACAUUGUUGGAUCUGGUUUGAAGACUUUGCGGUUACAAUACUCUGAAUUCUUUGAUGAGGAAUUUGAGUUGAUGUUUGUAAUUGAUGCGCCGGCUGUAGUGAAUCUUUAUAUCAAUAGAUCAAAAGGUGUGGAGAUUAAAUCACGUAUGCCGUUUUUAGAAAUGGCAACUAUUGAUGACUAUGUGGAACAGCGGGAGUUGAGCACUGUACGUACAGACCGCUUGUUUGGAAUUGUUGAGAUGAUUCCUCAUGUCAGGCGUCUGACGUUAUGCAGCGAUGCUGUCGUGGCUCUCAGCGGUGCUGACAAACAUACUCUUCCUAUAUUUCAUAACUUGACUGACUUGGAGCUUUCAUUUAAUGGGGAGGCUGUGCGGGCUGCUUGGUCUUUCCUGCCUAAAGUACUUGCAAGUUCAUUGGUCCUGGUUAAACUUGUCCUUCCACAUGGACUUCCUAGGGGCUUCCAUGCUGAACGCAGACGUUCUCGCUUAUCGUUUAUUAAACCAGAAAUUGUUCCAGCUUGUUUAUCCUUUCACCUUAAAAAUAUUGAAAUUAGAGAUUUUUGGGGAACAACUGAAGAGUUAAUCAUCAUUGAAUACAUGCUUAAGCAUGCUAGAGUUUUGAACAAGAUGUCCAUUGAUUGUUCGCGUUUGUGGUUAAAGGAAAUGACAGUGGGUAUAAAAAGGAAGCGGCACCGACCCUUGAUCCUCAGUGAAAUUAAAAAGAAAGUUUUAGAAUUUCACAGGUGUUCGACAUCUUGCAAGCUUGACCUUAGUCCUUAAUGAAGUAGAAGGAAAAUGUUUGAACUUCCUAGAUGCUCUUAGAACCUCUAUCCUUGAUAUUAUCAUAAAGAAAUGUUCUUUAUAAGUGAUAAAGAUAUGUCCUCUGUAAUGAUAUGUACAAGUGAAUGUUUAUAAUGUUUAAACUCUUUUAUUAAAUAUUAUUGUAUGUUUAAUGAUUUCGUAGUA